UAAGCGCAAAAUUAAAAUAAACAAACCAGGAAAACAGAAAUUUAACAGAGACUUGGAUUAACUUUCUCUAUUAUCGAUUUUACCCCUCUUCCAGGUAAUAAUGCCGACGGGAUUUCCAAAACAACCCUUAACUCUUAGGUAGUGGUGGGGCAAAUAAGCUUUAAAUAUUCGGAGUAAUAUUUUUAUUUUUCAUUUUACGUUGAACCGUUAACUACAACAGUAUGGCAAAAAUUUUCAAAUUUUUACUGUGCUUAAUGUUCCUCGUGAAAUUUUCACAAGCCAAAAACUGUACUUGUGUGCCUUUUUACCAGUGCUCAGAUGACGAAAGUGAAAUCAUCUCCGAUGGUCGCGGCCUAAUUGAAGUUCGAAAAUCUCGUCAGUGUGAUGGAGUUUUCGAAGUUUGUUGCAACUCCACAAUGGCCACCAGCACCACCACCGCUCCCACAAAACCGCCAAAAGGUUGCGGCUUCCAAAACCCAGACAUUUUCCCAUGGUCUUCUUCCCUUCUCUACAAACAAUACCCAAACUUUGUACCAUCCUACAAGUGUCGUAUUUCCCUCAUCCAUGAAAGAGUGGCCAUCACAGCAGCCCACUGUCUUCAAGAAAAAGGAUACUACCAGGUCAGAAUCAGCAGUGCUAUCCGAUCCGUUGCCCACAUGGUCCUGCACCCACAUUUCAAACUUGCCACUUUGCAAAACGACAUCGCUCUUUUAUUCCUCAACAAGCCGUUCAAAGUGGAAAAAAUCGGGACUGUCUGUAUUCCGCCCCCAGGUUCAGUUUUGGACAAUUUGAAUUGUUCUUCAGCGACAGCUAUGAAGGAGAAUCAGACCAGUUUGAAAGUUGUUCGUUUGCCGAUGGUUUCGAGGGAUUCCUGCGUGGGGUCGUUGAGGCAGAGCAGAUUGGGGGAGUUUUUCCAGUUGCAUCAGUCUUUUGUUUGUGCUGGGGGAAACGAUGAGGAUACUUGUGGGGGAGAUGGGGGGAGUCCGUUGAUUUGUCCCAUUCCUGGACUUCCGGGAAGGUACCAACAAGCUGGGAUAGUGUCCUGGGGCAUCGGCUGUGGGGGGAAUCUACCGGGGGUUUACGUAAAUUUGGCGUACUUUAGGGAGUGGAUUGAUGAAGUUAUGACGCAAAAUAAAUUUGACAUCAAUUCGUAUAGGUUUUAAAGUGUUAUUUCCAUGUAUUGCUUUGUAAAUAAAU